AUGUCUCCACAGCCGGGCCACGCCCAGCCAAGUCCUGAGCAUGCAGGCGGGCAGCAGACUUUUAGUUCCCAGCCAGCAUCGGCAAUUCCGCCGUUACCAGACAUCGGCCCUACCACGUACGCCUUUCCGCUUGAAAAUUAUUUCGCAGGCGGGAGACUACCAUCAUCCCAACAAGUCCAAGGGGAAGAAACCUUUAGUCCACUCCAAGAGCUCUUCAAUAUGUAUCCGGAUGAAGCUCUGCUUCCCCAAGGACCUGGAACAAGUAGAGGACCCGCGAAGCGUAAGGAACCACCAGAAUAUGAAGCCGAAGAAUCCGGCCCGCGUGAAAAAAGACAGAGAAAGGGAAAGAGCCUGAAAAGAAAAUGA